UCUGUGCCCGGCCACAGGCUGCCAGCGGGGAGGGCACUGCCAGAGGCAGAGCUGUGCGUCCAGGGGCAGUUUCUGUGCAGCCGAGCAGAGCUGCAGACAGCUGUGAUGGGCCCCGGCCUAAGAGCCCCCCGUCUCUGCUGGGCCUCGUGGCUCCUAGGAGUCCUCAGUUUCAUCAGUGUCUGGAGUUAUUCUGCCCGGGUCUCUGGAGAUCAUGGCGCUGGGAUUCAAGAUUCUGCAGCCCCCAUUCUUGUGAAGGGGAUCCGAGGAGGCUCUGUCUUGCUCCAGGUGACCCAGUGGCCAGGAAAAGAUCUAGGAGCCAUGGUGGAGGACAUCACCUGGGUCUUUUUCUCUGGGUCAGAGCACACAGGGAUCCUGAGGGUCUACAAUAGGACAGUUGACCCAACCUUGCUCAAGCUACAGGACAAGUACAAAGGAAGGGUCCAAACGCCCAGUGUGACAUCCCUGGAGAUUAGGAACCUGAGCCCACAGGACAGUGGGCAGUACAUGGCACAGGGUUGGUUAAUGACAGGAGAAGACCUUCACCAAGUUUUCGACCUCAAGGUCUACGAGCCAGUGUCCCCUCCACAGAUCCUGGCCAAGUCGCUGUCCGUCACAGCAGAAUGGUGCAAUGUCACCCUGGAGUGCAGGCCCACAGGGGCCACAGAGGACCUGAAUGUGACCUGGGAGAACAAGGGCCUCGCCAGGGAGCUGGAGCAGAGAGGGACACCAGGACCGGCCCCCACCCCCUGGACCCGGGCUGUGAGCUUGCCCCUGAGCCAGGCCAAUGGGAGCCUCAGCUGUGUGGUCAGCAACCCCGCGGACCAGAACAGAGCCACCUCAGACCUCAGUGACAUCUGUCCACGAGGUGGAUCUGGACAGUCCACCGCUGGCCUCACGGGAGGCUUACUAGGGGGCUUCGUGGCUGUGAUUUUGCUCCUUGGAGCUGGACUGUAUCUUUGGAAGCUUCGUGAGAAGAGGAAGAAGAUGGUGCUGGAACAAUGCAGUGACUCCGGUGCAGGAUUGCAGCAGGACCAACGGGUCUGCACUGAUGACGUAUUGUAUGCGGGUAUUAUGACACAGAACCCUCUUGAAGAAAGUGACAAGCGUAUUGGUGAACAACAUCCAGAAGCAAGGGGGCCACUCACUAGUGUCUACAGUAAGCUUGUUCUCCCAGGCCAGCCCAUGAAGAUAACUUAAUUGGAGGAAACAGGAGAACCAAACACUCCUCGGACACCCUGCCCUCUGAUCCUGAUAUCUGCAGUCGCCUACUUCCUUCCUCUGGCUUUGGUUCAGCUCCAGGUGCCUUUGGUCUUAUUAGCCUGACCCGGUGGCCAUUCCUCCCUGAGCACAGCUGCUCCUGUGACUUCUCCAACAGCUCCCCACUGUUCCUGCACAUUCAGGAUCCGCAUGCCUGCGAGCCACGGUUCUCCCACAGUCACUGACAUAGCCCCGAGCACCCCUCUCCAGAAGCGCUCCCAGGAGAACCUACCUGACAGACUCUGCAGGGGAAACCCCACCUCACUGCUUUGUCACAAGUCUGUCAUUCAGAACGGGGGCCAGGCAUGGAACUACAAAGGGAUGCUGACUGCACCCCGGAGGAUUUAGGAUGGGGUCUGGAUUGCAUGUUGUGGGUGGGAGCCCCAGCUUCCUCUUGCAGGCUUUUUACAGGCUGUGUGUGUGUUUGGGAAGUUUCCGUGGCCCCGCCCCUUCUCUCCUUCCCUUUCCCUGUGUCUCUUGGUCCCAUUCUCAUUUGCAAAAGAUCUAUCUCCCCCUUUCCUAUUAUCUAUCUUCUAUUUUGCUCUUUGUUCAUAUUUUGGGUUUCUCAUAUGAGAAACACCAUGUGAUAUUUAACCUUGUGGUUUUCUUAUUUGUUUUACUUGGGAAGCAGAAAUCACAAUUUUACAAAUAGUGGAAUAUAAUCCGUAGAUUUAAUGCCUUGAGAGUUCUCCAGAGCGUGAUUGGUUUGGCACUGCCCCAAUCCCAGUAGUCUGAAGAAGAUAAAAGGGGCAGAGAGACUCUGUUUCAGGCCCUCUUGUUCCAUUUGCUAACUUGUGUUUUCCAUGUUGUUUCUCCUGAGGGAUGUCUGUUUCCCAUCCCUGUCUUGGAGCCAGCUGAUUUUGGACUGAAACCUCUGUGAAUUGUGAGCCAAAUAAACUUCUUCCCCUUUAACUCUGAGUGUCAGGUAUGUCAUCUCAGCAAUGAGAGAAAAGUAAUUAACACAGAAUUUGGUGCCAGAGAGGUGGGAUUUUUGCUGUGACAUUACCUGGCCAUCUGACACAAGAGCCUUUGGAACUGGCUUGUGGGAAGGAAAAGAGUUGAAAGAUCCAGAGAUGUCACCUACAGAAGCAGAGCCUUAGGCGGUUCUGUAGGUGAGGUUCUGGUCAGAGUUCAGAAGACCAGAAGGCCAGUAAAGACCAGGCCAGGGAGGUUUCUGCUAAGGACUGCAUUGGCUGUUGGACCCCAGAUGAUGUGUGCUCUGCCUUGACAGAGAGUUUGUCUGCAUUUUGUUCCUGUCCAGAGACUUUGCCUGAGAAUGAGAUUAGGGGCGGUGGGCUAAUUAAUCUUGCAGAAGAAAUUCAGGGCAGUCAAAUAUUGAGGCAGUGGCCUGGCUACUGUUGGGGGCUUUUAGCCAGAUCUAUGUUGAGAAUCAAGAGCAAAGGGCCCAGCAGAAUAAUUUAAAAUGUUUUGAGUUUGGCCAGAAAGGAAGCUUCAGUAAAGCUGUGUACUCCAAAAUAGAGCAGAGGAGAUAUUGAUUGUUGAGAAGGAACGAGAGAAGAGAAAAAUGGCCUGAAUGGAUCACAGGAAGCAGCAGGACUCCACCCUUUGCAGCCUUAGAGUUGUAAAUGUGAACAAUUUUGCUUUGAGAAGAGAGCCCCAGAGCACGUGUUCCAGAAUGUGGCAGCUUAGGGAAAUUUUCCCAAAAUGGUGGCAGCCUAGGAAAGUUGUUCCAGGGGAUUUGGUUCAUAGGCAUUGGGCCCCUACAGCCAAGAGAGAAGGAAGCCUGGCCAUAGGUCCAGUUGGCAGCCGACCUUGGUAUCAUCCACAUGGUGAGGGUUUUAGGUGCAUGCAGAAUGGAACAAUGUGGAAUCAGGAAGGCUUACAUCCUCAUUUCACAAGAAGCCCUCGGAGGCCAGGCAGUGUGCCCCUGAUACAGCAGUGUGUGAAGCUGUGAGUGUGAAGCCAAAGGUGGAAUGGAGACCUUAGAAGUUUGAAGAUGCCAGGAGAGUGGAACAUUUAAGGAAAACUGCAAGGAUAGAACAGAGCUGGACCAAAAGAGAAGCCAUGAGAGCUACAACCACCCACAGUGCUGCAGGGGUGGAGCCAUCCCAGCCCUUUGGAGUUCACAACUUGCCACAGACUGCCUUGGAUGCUGCGCAUGGAACUACAGGACUUAAUGUUUGCCCUGCUGGAUUUUGGACUUGCCUUGGUCCCAUUCCUUUGUACCCCCAUUUGUAACUUUUGGAAUGGAAAUGUCUAUCUUGUGCUAUUUUAUGUAGGAAGAGUUUAACUUUCUUUUCAUGUGUGCAGGGGCUUGCAGCUAAGAGUUUGCCUUAAAUCUCAGAGAAGACUUUGGCUUUGGACUUUUCAGCAAUGCUGAAAAUCUUAGGACUUUGGCAACUCUUAGAGAUGGAGUAAAUGCCUUCUGCAUAAAGGAGUGUACCUGAGUCAUUUGGGGGCCAGGGGCAGAAUGUUAUGGCUUGUGUUGAGAUGGCCCCCAAAGCCUCGUGCUUUUUUCGAGGCAGUUGAACAUGGGAUGUGUGAUGCUGGGGUAAAGGGCAUGUGAUUGCUAAACCACUACAUGCGAGUGACUGGUUUGGCACCCCCCUAGUCCCAGCAGUCUGAAUAAGAUAAAGGGGGCAGAGAGAUGUUCCUAAAGGCCCUCUUGUUGCCUUUGCUACCUUGUGCCUGCCGUGCUGUUUCUCCUGUGGGUUGUCUGUUUGCCAUCCCUGUCUUGGAGCCAGCUGACUGUGGACUGAAACCUCGGAACUGUGAGCCAAAUAAAUGUCUUCCCCUUUAACUUUGGGUGUCUGGUAUUUUGUCUGAGCAAUGAAAAAAGUAAUUAACACACCUAGGUUCUUAAAAAGUGGAAGAUGAAAAGGCAGAAAAGUGAGUAAGAGAGAUAGGAUGUGAAAGAGACUUCACUCACCAAUACUGGCCAUGAAGAUGGAAGAAGGCAAGCACAGGUCAAGGAAAUGCGGUGUUCUUACACAAAAGACCCUCAAUUUACAGCCUGCAGGAAAAUAAGAACCUGAGUUUCUAAUGGCAAACAACAGAAUUACAGCAACCUGAAUGAACAGAAAAUGCAUUGUCCCUUAGAGUCUAUUGGAAGGAAUGUAACCUUAAUUUUAUUCCAGAGAUGCAUUGGACUUCUGGCCUCUAGAACUACAAGAUGGUAAGUUAGUGUUGUGUUAAGGCACUGAGUGUAUUGUGGUCUGGCAUGGCAGGAAUAGACAGUAACGCUAAUAUCAUAUCAUCUUGUGGUUCCAAGUACUUUGGGUACUCUGGAGGUCCCAGGCUGGGCGUCUCCAAUGGACUCCACAUUGUACAAAUCCAGCUCCUUACAUGGCAUCUCUACUUGACUGAUGGCAUCUGCAGCUUGGCAUGUCUCAAUUUAAUCUCUCUAGACGUGCUUCCCAAACGGCGUUCCUGUCCAAUAAAUGUCACCUCUCUCCUCACAUUUGUUUCAGUGACAAAACUGUGAAUUCUACCGUGUCCUCAGUCAGUCCACGAGGCACAUCGCUGACCAGUGUGACCGGCAUCCCUCAGCUGGGCACUGGCAGUGGCCUCACAGUCUCCUUGCUUCUCUUUUUAACUCCUUAAAGUAGCAUCCACAAUGACCCUUCCACAGUGGGACUUGUGUCACGUCACUUCCUUCAGUGGGCGAUUCUGGAAAAACACAAAUCAUUAAGGCUGAUUUACGUAUGUGUAUAAAUGUCCAAAAUGGACGCAGAAAAUACUGGCAAAUAUUUGUAUUUUCCCUUCAAGAGCUUAAAGACUAAAUCCUAUUGUCAGGGGAUUCUUCAAAAUCUUACAGAAGAGAAUAUUUUUUAAUCACAAAUAUAUUUUAAAACAUGGCAGAAAAUAGGUUUCAUUUAUUAUUUGGAAAACUGGACAAAACAACCUAGAACAUAUAAAAAAUUGAAAAAAAAUUUAGACCCCCUC